CACGAUAUCGUCUGUGUCUGAGUUUGCCCGGGUCAAACUUUGAUUCAUUAUAGGACCGUUAUACCAUUUUCUUCCUUUUCUUCUGUAACUUCUACCUUUCUCUCACUUUCUUGACAGCAACGGUUAUCAUCUACUAUCUUCAAGAUUAAUGGCGCCGGUGGAAACCGAGUUUUACGACCUUCUUGGGGUCCCCGUGGAUGUCGAUGAUACGCAGCUCAAGAAGGCCUACAGGAAACAGGCGAUGAAGUAUCAUCCAGACAAGAACCCGUCACCCGAUGCGGAAGAAAAGUUCAAGGAAAUCAGCAAGGCCUAUCAAGUUCUCUCUGACUCGAACUUGCGAGCUGUGUACGAUAAGAACGGAAAAUCUAUGGUGGACAAGGAAGGUGGAAUCAACAUGGAGGAUGCUGCCGGCUUCUUUGCCAAUGUCUUUGGCGGUGAACGAUUUGCAGAAUAUAUCGGAGAAAUCACCAUCAUGAAGGAUAUGACAACCGUGGCUACGAUGAUGACAGAGGAAGAAAAAGCAGAGGUCGAGACUCAGCUCAACGGCGGCCAGAAACCCGACAGUUCUGCAACAUCAACAACGCUCUCUGCCGAUAAUUCCGAAUCAUCAAAGCCGUCACAACCUACUCCUCAGUCGACGCCUCAACCUGCACCGCCUGAUGCCCAAUUACAUCCAAGCUCCCUCGUCCUACACGCCAAUGACAGCAAAGACGCGUCCACAGCUUCACUAUCCCCCAGCGCCAAAGAGAGUGCAAGAGAGAAGGAAAAGGAAGCUGCUGCACGCAAGAAGAGAGUAGCUGCGGAACACAGGGAGAAGUGGCGAGAACAAGAGAAAGAGCGUCGCAAAGCCAUGGAAGAGAGAGUAGCGACGCUGACCAGGAAACUAACAGAGAGGCUACGUCCGUUUGUGGAGGCCAAGAACCCAGGUGAUAAGGAUGAUCCGGAAACACAGGCAUUUGAGGCAAAGUUCAAGAGAGAAGCAGAGGACUUGAAGCUAGAGAGCUUUGGCGUCGAGCUUCUGCAUACCAUCGGGAUGGUCUACAUGAUGAAGGCAACUUCAUUCCUCAAGUCAAAAAAGUUUUUCGGCAUCCCAGGGUUCUUUUCGCGUUUGAAGGAAAAGGGCUCAUUGGCCAAAGACGUUUGGGGCGUUAUCGGAAGCGCAUUGAGCGUGAGAGAUGUGAUGCUCGAAAUGGAGAAGAUGCAGGCUAAGGGUGAACUGGGCGAAGAGGAACUAAGAGCGCUUGAAAUGGAUGUGACUGGCAAGAUUAUGCUGGCGUCAUGGCGUGGAGCACGACUGGAAGUGGUACAAGUUCUUCGUGAAGUACUUGAUCAUGUGUUGAAAGAGCAAGGCGUCCCAGAUAGGGUUAUGUACAACCGGGCCAGAGGACUACUUCUCAUCGGAGCCAUUUUCAAGUCAACGGUGCCAGAUGAGUCGGAUGCGGAACGCAGAGAACUAGAAAGGAUGGUAGCUGAGGCUGCAGCACCUAAACCGAAGCAUAAGGCUGCGAAAUCCAAGCGGGAAGAGAUGAUUAAAGCGAAAGAACUCGCUGAGAAACAGGCCAAGGAGAAGCCUUCGCCUACUCCUGCUGAAGCGUCGGCACCUGAGCCUUCUGCUUCUACGUGAGUAUGAUUAUUGAUUGCGUCUUUGCUAUGUUUCCUUUAGAAUAAGUUUUUCUUAUCUUUCAUGCCAGGGAUGAUCAGUAUUUUAAUGGAAUCUAGUUAUCUUUAAACCUUUAGGAAUAUCCUAGUACGACUGUUAUGACGAGCCUGACUGAUUUCUCAUUGGCUAAACGAUACCGCUUGCCAUUGGCUGAGCUCGAACAAUGCGUC